AGUGUUGCCAGGGAGACGACUGAAAACACCAGGCGCAGUUUCUCAGCAAUGGCUACAAGUGUCCUGACUAUGCCUGUACAAAACUCACUACAGCGGCUGAACGCGAUCCCGGGAAGACCGAGUGAAGCCUUGUACUAUUUCCGAUCGUCUGUGUGCGUACAAGACACAUACUUCCAGGGUGCUGGAUUAUAAAGGAACAACCGAUUCUUGCCCAAAUCCAUUUAGUUUGCCAUCUUUGAAGUGGAUGACAGAUCACAGAAAGAACAUAAAGGUCAACGUCCUCCACUGGUGUGCUAUGGCCACGGAGUUGAGCAGUCUCAGCACCGGUGCCUCGUAACACUUGAGCAGAUCUCAGGAAACGCUGGUGCUGCAGCAGGGAUGAUCACGUCCCAUAUGAACGGUUAUGUGCAGGAGGCCUCUGGUCAGGCCAAGAGCCACAGGGAGAGGGCUGUGGACUGUCCAGGGGAGGAAGGUAGUCUUGUCAAAUCUCCACACUGCAGUGCCCACAUGGAGAGGAUCCAGCACUACCAGGAGGAGCUGAGGAAGAGGAGAGAAGAAGACAGCAGGGGGAGGCAUGACAUCGACCCCAACGCUUCACUGAGGCUCAAGAAGCUGUCACAGAACCCCAAGGUGGGCAUUGACAAUCCAACCUUUGAGGGAAAGGAGACAGCUACCAAAGACACGUGCUCCCAGGAUCCUGUAGUCGAACUAGAGGAGUUGCUGCAGGCUCUGAAGUGGAUGCAGCAGUGCCUGACUGAUGCACAGAGCCAGCAGGAUGUGGAGCUGAUAAUGCAGCUCCUUGCCAAGGAGGACUUCAGGAAUGCCUACACCAUCUACAGCGCUGUUUCCCAACAGAUGAGCAGAGUCAGCCCCAACUCACCCCUCACAGCACAAGCACAGGAUCUCUGCCUGGAGGUACAGAGGAUUCUCCAGUCCAGCCAGCAGAAGGAGGGUUUGGAGCUCAAGGCUCUGCUCACAAAUCCUCAUCUACAGGCACUGAUGCAGGCCCAUGACAGUGUGGCGGGGCAGGAAAUAGCAGAGGAAAAUGUGACCCAGUACCUCGGAGAGACCGUUAAACUGGUGCGGCUAGAGAAGACCCGUGACACUCCACUGGGAGCAACGGUACGUAACGACAUGGACAGCGUGGUGGUGAGUCGCGUGGUGAAAGGCGGAGCAGCAGAGCGAAGCGGCCUCCUCAGUGAGGGAGACGAGAUCCUGGAGAUCAACGGGAUUGCAAUACGUGGGAAACACGUCAACGAGGUCCAUGACUUACUGCAACAAAUGCACGGCACUCUGACCUUCCUCCUCAUCCCGAGCUCUCAGAUUAAACCUGCCCCUCACAGACAGACUGUGAUGCACGUACGAGCUUACUUUGACUACGACCCCUCUGAUGACCCUUUUGUGCCGUGCCGGGAGCUGGGCCUGUCCUUCCAGAAGGGAGACAUCCUCCAUGUCAUCAGCCAGGACGACCCCAACUGGUGGCAGGCCUACAGGGACGGAGAUGAGGACAACCAGCCCCUGGCUGGACUCAUUCCAGGGAAAAGCUUCCAGCAACAGAGAGAGUCCUUGAAGAAAACUAUAACAGACAAGAGUCGAGAGCACCAAGGGAAAGUUUGGUAUGCAAAGAAAAGCAAGAAACAGAGGAAGAAAAGCACAUCGACCUUGAGCAAAAAUACUGACUACGAUGACAUCCUGACCUACGAGGAGAUGUCCCUCUAUCACCAGCCUGCCAAUCGUAAACGCCCCAUAGCUCUGAUUGGCCCCACGAACAGCGGUCACGAUGAGCUGCGUCGGAAGCUUCUCUCCAUCGAACCGGAAAAGUUCGCUGUUGCGGUGCCACACACAACCAGAAACUCAAGAAUACAUGAACGAAAUGGGCGUGAGUACCAUUUUGUGAGUCGGCCUGCCUUUGAAGCUGACUUGUCGGCAGGGAAGUUCAUAGAGUCAGGGGAGUAUGAGAAGAAUCUGUACGGCACCAGCACAGACUCAGUCCGACACGUCAUCAACUCUGGACGCAUCUGUUUGCUCUGCCUGCACACAAGGUCAUUGCGAGUGUUGAGGUCCUCCAACCUCAAGCCCUAUGUCAUCUUCAUCGCUCCUCCUUCUCAGGAGCGACUACGCACCCUGCUGGCCACAGAGGGGAAAACACCAAAGCCGGAGGAGCUGAAGGACGUCAUCGAGAAGGCCCGUGAGAUGGAGCACAAUUUUGGUCACUUCUUCGAUUCAACCAUCGUGAACAUGGACCCAGAGCAAGCUUUCCACGAGCUGCGCAGGCUCAUAGACAAGCUGGACACUGAGCCACAGUGGGUGCCCACCUCCUGGCUGUGCUAGAAGAUCUCAACGGGGUCUGAACGCUCAACGAGUCUCAGGGUAGGAAGAGGUAAACUAAAGAGCAAAAAAAUCAUGUUCCUGGAGGCCUGGAUUUUUUUGACUUGCGCGCAUCCUCUUUUCUAGAGGAGGUGGUUGUUACCACAUGUUGCAGAGACGGACUGGAGAUUCUCAACAUUUCUUUUUGUUGCUGUGUUUGUCUUUGUGGGUGAUUUUUUUUUUGUUUGUUUGUUCGUUUUAUUAAGGUUCUUGAUCUCACAGAUUUAUGCAAAAUCAUUUACCAAACAAAUAGAAAUAUUUCUAUCUUAUUCAGUAAUGGUUAUUUAUAAUUGUAAAUAUUUAUUUUCUAGACAAAAUAUUUUAUUGUUACAUUUUGUGUGUGUGACAUCUAAAACAGAUGUCAUGAAUAUUAAAUGGCUUUCUGAUAACUGCAGCAAGCAGAGAUCUGAUAAGGUACCAAACAGAAGAGAAGCACUUGUGCUGAAAGUGGCUGCAGUGUAACGUCUUCCAUUCAGACACACUGAGGCAAAAUCUGCUGUUAACUGCAGAGUUUUUGUGGUUCUCUCUCUACACCAGUAUCAGUAUUAGUUAAUGUUGUCUCAUGUCUCAUAUACACUGUGAUAACAGACCUUAAAUCUAAGGUUUUGACUCUAGCUGGUAUCAUAACUAUCAGUGUAUCAUGCUAAAGAAUACUGCUGAGAUUUUUUUUUACCAGUAUUGUAUAAACAAAACAUCAUAUCACUUAGUGAGCAGCAAUUCCAACAAAUACUGUUAUUGCUUCUUUGUGGGGUACUUGUUAAAUUAUAAGCACAACUCUGGGAAAGUGUUAAUAAAAAUCAGAUCAAGAAAAAUCUGUGAUCAAGCGAUGUACAUAUUGUAUGCAGUGAUUUACGGUAGAGGAUUUUUUAUUUUGAAUUAGUUUCCAGUAUUGAUCUUUGAACAAAGAUACGAGCAGACUCAGCCCUUGCAAAUGCCUAACUAAAAAUACUGUUACAUGUAGCAUUCUGGUGCAAAAUGGCUGCUGUUCCUCACAUAGCUGGGUCACUUAAAUGCUCCACAGCACAAGCUGAGAGAAAUGAAUCCCAGCGUUCUUACCUUUUGUCUUUACUUAUGAAACUGCCUUCUGCUGAAGUGAAAGCUCUAAUCUUAAAGUGAAGUACAGGCAAUGGUUGAAUAUUUUAGAACAUCUUUAUUUGGAUGUAGUUUUGGGUCUUGUUAACUUGCACACAUUUUACAGCAGGGUUAGGGGUUCUGGUGCAAUGGUAAACAAUCCUCAUCAGUUGAGGGAACAACAACCCCGUGAUAUGAGGUCAGCAGUGGAACGGGCCUCCACAACAUGGACUCACACACUCAUUGAAAUCCACAACCACCUGACGCUUUACAGCAUGCAAUGUUGUGA